UUCAACAUGCGUUUAUAUGAAAAUUUCUGUUCGAUUAUCAAAAUGGACUUGAAAGUAUUCUUUGCUAGUAUAUGUUUAUUUUCUAUGAUCGGCUCUUAUUGCGCAACACGAUUUAAGCAGUAUGAACUCCAAACAGUUCCUACUGACGUCAUCGACGGAAGUCUGAUUCAACGGAACGCUGCCUCGGCCAAAUCGUGCGUCUAUUUGUGUGCAACGUUAGGGGUGUAUGCUUGCAACACAGCACAUUUCAGUGACACAUGUGAUCUAAUGAUGACGUCAUGUGACGCAAGCGUGAGCGUGACGUCAGGAACGUUCUGGAAAAUUAAACCAUUUGUGCAGACUUGUGAUCCGGGUUGGACAUUCAACUGUGGCUCCUGUUACCAGGUGUAUACUACUCCACUCAACUGGAGUGACGCCAAAUCCUCGUGCGAGGCGUUGGGCGCACACCUGGCAACCAUCACCGGAAGUUCCGAAACUAAGUUCCUAGAAAAGAUGAUGAGUGUUGGCAAACAUCCAAGCGUCCACUACUGGAUUGGCGGCUCAGACGCGGAAGAGGAGGCGCGCUGGGAAUGGGUCACGGGAGAGGUUGCCACCUACCGAAACUUUGGCGUCAACCAGCCGAAUGCCGGCGGUGACGCCAACUGUCUGACUUUUAUUUCUCCCUUAAUCGUCUGGAACGACGUCAAGUGCGAGGCAGCGUUGAACUACGUCUGCGAAAAGGAGUUGAAUUAG